AUGGUAUGCAUCACAAAGUCGGUUUGGCAUACCACCCUCGCAUGCACUAGUGGUCAAGUGGAGGUCACCAACCGCGAGAUUAAGUUGAUCCUUGCGAAGACGGUUGUUAAGAACCGGAAGGAUUGGUCCAUCAAGCUUGAUGAUGCCUUAUGGGCUUAUAUGACGGCUUUCAAGACCCCAAUUGGGAUGACCCCGUACAAAGUUGUGUAUGGCAAGAAUUCCCAUUUGCCGGUCGAGAUAGAACAUAGGGCCAUGUGGGCCAUAAAAACAUUGAAUUUCAAGCUUACUUGUGCGGGUGAGCGUCGUUUACUUGACCUCCAUGAGCUUGAAGAGCUCCGAAUGAAUGCCUAUGAUUCGACAAGUAUCUACAAAGCUCGUUCCAAGAAAUAUCACGACGCACUUAUUGACAAGAGGGAGUUCAAGGAGGGGGAUAAAGUUCUCCUCUAUAACUCUCGUUUGAAAUUGUUCCCGGAAAGCUCAACUCCAGUUGGAGCGGCCCGUUUGAAGUGGUGA